AUGACUCGCCACGCUAGAAAUUGUACUGCCGGAGCGGUUUACACGUACCACGAGAAGAAAAAGGAUGCGGCAAACUCCGGUUUCGGUACUACAUCCCGCCGUAUCGGCAAAGAUUCGGUGAAAAGUUUCGACUGUUGUUCCUUGACGUUGCAGCCUUGUCGAAAUCCAGUAAUAACAAAAGAUGGGUAUUUGUUUGAUAAGGAAGCCAUCCUUACGUACAUCAUCUCCAAGAAGAACGAGUACAGCCGCAAGAUGAAGGAGUAUGAGAAACAGGUCAAACAGGACGAGGAAGAAGAGACCGCCAAGGCAAAUGCAGAAGAGCAAAAGAAGCUAGACCGGUUCAUCUCGACGGAGAAGAAUAUCGUGAGCAAUAAGGCUGUCAUACUAAACGCCGAAAAGCCCAGCGCCAGCGGAGCUAUCUCGAACGUGUCGCUUGGAAAGCGAAAGGAACUGCCUAGCUUCUGGGUACCGUCCCAAACACCAGCAGCCAAGAUAUCCCGCAUCGAGAAACCGGACAGCAAGAUCUACUGCCCUGUAUCGAACAAACCGCUGAAAGCGAAGGAUUUGAUUGAGGUAAAAUUUACGCUCGUCAAGGAUCCGGCCGAUAAGAAAUCGUUGAUUGCGAAGGAAAAUCGCUAUAUGUGUGCGGUGACGCACGACAUCCUAAACAAUUCUGUCCCGUGCGCAGUGUUGAAACCAACCGGAGACGUCGUUACCAUAGAGUGUGUUGAAAAAAUCAUCAAAAAGGACAUGAUACAUCCGCUAUCGAAUGAAAAACUCUCUGAAUCGGACAUUAUUCCUUUACAACGGGGUGGAACUGGUUUUGCUACGACGAAUGAAAAAUUGGAAGCCAAAGAGCAAAAACCAUGCCUGCAAGUUUAA